GUCUUUGAAGUGGUCGGAUUGGAUUAAAGCUACUAGAUGAGAUGGUGUUGUUCAUGAGGUGUUGGAUUGCAGUGUGAUACUUUGUUGAGUGGGUGGAAACAUAACUGGAAUGUUCUGCAUGACAAAUGCUUAGCUUCAGGAGGUGGAUGUAAGGCAAUAAAACGAAAUCGAGCGUUUUCGAACGAUUGUAAUCGCGGUAGGUGUUAUUGAAAAUUAACUUGUAAUAGAUCGAAAUGUGAGGAAGUGCAAAUGCGAGACAAACAGUGGAUUGGAGUACUACAGAUCGGGAUUUAAAAAAAUCAACAAUAAACCGUAAAAACUAAACAGAGAAAUUUUGAAAAUGUAUUAAUAUUCGACACUGCCAAGUACAGACAAACCGUAAUCAUACCAAAAUUGAUUUAGGAGUGAAUGUGUUCCUAGUUCGGAACGAAAAGUGUUUGGUGAAGUUGAAUGUAUCGAAUGUGUAAAUUGUAGAUGCAGACGUAUGUUUGCACCACUAGUGCUAUAUUUAAGAAAAAAACUGUGAAACGAUCAUUUAGUAUCCUAUGAGAAGCAAGGGGUGUGUAACGUUUAAUCAAGUUUCUGCAGUCAGUUGGAAUUGGUAUAAUAUGGACAAACUAAUGUAAUAAUGAAAGGAAUCUCUCGUCAUGCUAUGUAAAAAUACUGAAAACCCCACACUGUGCGAAGGAUGUCCACGCGUGGUGCUCAUUUCCACUAAUGAAGCAUCUGUAGUACCAUGCAUGAAAAGCCAAUAAGUUCGUUUCGCAGAAAAUUUCGCCACCGAAUUCACACUAACCAUGACAACGCCGACUGGCAAAUCCAACACUUCCGACGGCGAUAGCCUGUGGGCUGCCAAAACUGCUGACUCGCGUGGAUCGUCAACAUCGUCCUCUUGCAGUUCGGGAAAAAGGAAAUCCCGAAAGUGCAAACAAUCGACGCUGCAACCAGAUAUUGGAGCACAAGCCUCAAUGCUUCCGAGCUCGGCUAAGCGCCUCAUCAUCGGUAAUUACAACAAUGAUUCCAACAGCACUGCCGGUAUCACUAAGCUCGAGGAGCGCGAAACCGCGAAGCUACGCAGAGCGCUUCGGAAUGUGAAUUUUAUGCUGAUUGCGUUGGUGUGCUGCAUUGGAGGACUUUCGGUUUUCGGGCUGCAUUAUAUCAACGUUCGCCUGAACCAUCCGCGUUUACUAGCCACACGCGGUGAAGUGGAAGAAAUGGUGGUGUACUAUCUGAAAAAUAAUAUCGAUAAAUUUAGUGAGGAUUUAAUAGCCCGUGUACGGACGUCAGCGGAAUUCAGUAUGCCUUAUCCAGCGGUAAAUCAAAAAGUACAAAACGAACGUAAAUCACCUGGCCAACACGAAUCGAGGUUCAAAAGAGAUCUUAACCUAUAUGACGACAAUCUAGUGCCGGAUCAGGAAGGACCCAACGUGGAAUUCUUCAACCCAAAAUUGCGCAGUGAGCUGGAAAAGAAGGAUGCAGAGAUUAUCAAGAAAACUGGCCAAAAAGGUGCGGCGCCUGGAGGCGAUUCUUGGGUCUGGCUGACCAGUUACUCUCGGAUACCGUAUGACGCGAUCACCGGUUUCUGCCGAGCGACGAAGGAAUAUUGCCCUCCGGGACCACCAGGGCUGCCUGGCAUUCCUGGUCCAAAAGGCAACCGAGGUGACGUUGGCCUUCCUGGCCCAGCCGGUAUCGAUGGACGUGAAGGCAAACCGGGACCACGCGGCCCCAAGGGCGAAAUCGGAUACCCAGGUAAUCCCGGACUGGAUGGAAGAGAUGGCGUUCCAGGAGAACCAGGAUUAGAUGGUGUUCCUGGUAGGGCGGGUGCCGACGGUAUUCCUGGUCGUGAUGGAAAGGAUGGCACGCCAGGCAUCAACGGUCAGAAUGGAGUAGAUGGAAAGAAUGGAACACCUGGACCUAUGGGGCCAAUCGGACCGUUAGGCGAACCUGGGCCACGAGGUCUGCAUGGACCGCGUGGUAAGCCAGGAAGGCCGGGUAUCAACGGCACUCCCGGCACACCCGGAAUAAACGCAUGGAAGAUUAAGGUCAACGAUACAUUCUCCAACGAGCUGCUAGUGCCACCUACGAUAGCUGGCUCCGGCACACCGGAAGCACUCCGUCCAAUCGUAGUCCAGGAGGGCACUCACCUUCGGUUGCGAUGUGCUGCCACUGGAACGCCUAAACCACACGUCGAAUGGCGACGAGAGGAUGGAAAAACAAUCUCCAAUGGUGCAUGGCAAGCUUCGUCGAUGGCCGGUCAUACUCUCAACAUAACCAAAAUCAAUCGAGUGCACAUGGGAGCUUAUCAGUGCCUGGCAGACAACGGGAUUUCUCCACCGGCGAACCAGACGUUCAACAUCGAAGUUCAAUUCCCUCCGUUGAUUAGAGUUCGCAAUCAGAUGAUCUACGCUGCCUUGGGAUCAACGGCCACAUUGGAAUGUGAGGUGGAAGCCUUCCCGGAAGCAUUAAAGUACUGGGAGCGUGAACCGGGCGGUCGCCUGCUAGAACCUGGAGACAAAUUCCAGAUGGAAACACACAAUGACGGCUAUAAAUCUAUAAUGCGGCUAAACAUCACCAACAUUCAAUCCACGGACAUUGGUGCUUACCAUUGCAUCGCCAAGAAUGAGCUGGCAAUAACCCAGGCAGAGUUCCACGUCUUGGAAAAUACACCCUAUAUGAUGCCGCGACCAGGUGGAAUGGGCGAUACACAAGAAUAUGGCAGACCGCCGCCUAAAGUCGAAUCAUAUGAGGAUAUUUGUGGCCCACCGACAACAUGUCCCGAAUGCCCCGAUCCAAGGGAUAUCAAAUGUAAGGACGCUAUUGUUUCGCUAUAUGAUUUGGUCGGGAACCUGGAGAUCAAACAAACUGGAAACGUAAGCUACCCGGGCUUACCAAACAGAACAACAGAUUGCGUUCUUUAUGCGGUUGGAAAGCCCGUGUAUCAUAAAUUCACCGAACAAAACUACGGUGCUUGGUUGAAGGAUGGUGCACCGAGAAACGAUGCGGUCGAGAAGAAGAUAUGGGCGACGCGGGAAAACGACACGAUGCGCCUGUACGAAUUUGCCAACAAAACAACAUAUCGUAACAAUGUAUCCACCAAGACAUAUCGGCUAGACAAACCAUUCCGGGGAAAUGCUCACGUGGUGUUCAAUGGGUCAUUCUACUACAACGAGCGGAACUCGCCACGAAUCAUCAAAUAUGACCUUAACUUGGAACGGCAGACCGCGGUCAUGGAGAUAGAGGGUGUCGCGACGAAUGGUUCCAAUUAUCUCUACACGACCGAGUUCAACUAUAUGGACUUCAACGUGGAUGACAACGGCCUGUGGGUCAUCUACUCUACGCCAGACUCCAACAAUACUAUCGUUGCCAAGCUCAAUGAGUACAACCUGGAUAUACAGUUCAGCUGGAACAUAAGCGUGAAUCACCACAAGGUAGGCGAGAUGUUCAUAGUUUGCGGUGUGCUCUACGCAAUUGAUUCGGUGACGGAACGAAAUACGAAAAUCAGACUGGCACUGGAUAUGUACCACAGUAAACUGUUGGAUGUGAGCCUCACGUUCACCAAUCCGUUCCGAAAAACCACCACUGUGGGUUACAAUCCGAAAAACAAGGAGCUGUACACAUGGGACCGAGGAAACCAACUGACGUACCCGAUUCGAUAUCACGUCAAUGACUACAACACUACGGUCGCCGACAAAACCGAGGAUGCACUCAAUCCACAAAUGCAGACGGGUUACGAGAUUUUUCACGAUAGUGACAAUGGUAACGAUGCUGGCCGUUAGAAAUUGGGCAGUAUUGUUAUUGUAGGUGUAGAUACGAUGCAUGGGAUGAUUGCAGGAGUGAUAAAAAUGUAGGACCUUUAUAUUUAUUUGUGUAUUAAGUGGGAAAGUCUAUAUGAAUCGUUGUUAACUAUUCUCACUAAUUUUUUUUUUCUUCGGGUGCAAAAAAAUGCCAAUGAGUGUGUGUAUAGUAAUGUACGGAAGUAACUCUAUUUUAUAAUGAAAUAUACUCAAUGAUUUUUCGAAAUAAACUUCA